AUGGAGAGCCACUCGGCAAACGUGCGACGUCUGGUCGACGAAUUUCGCGGUCGAUCGGGCGACUCAAGAAUUGAUGUCGGUGGAAUGCGACGAGUUUGGGAAAGUUUGCUGCGGCAGGUCGAGGCGGAUGCAGCUUCCCACCUCGAUCUGGCCGCGGUGCUGCAGCAGCAAUUGUCGAGGCCCACUUUAGAGGCGAGCUUCCAUCGAAAGCUGCAAUCUAGAAAGGUAUUCGCCCAUCGUGAUGCUUACGAGCAGGUAGUUAGCAAGACGGAGGAGAAGUUGCAGCGUGCCAGAUUGGAUUACAAGCGCACCUACGCCGCGUUGCUAACCAACGAGGCUGGCGGCGGCGCCGAGCAGGAAUUGAAGCGCGCUUACUUAGAAUCACACAACGCCUAUAUUCUGCAGCUACGCGCCACGAACGCUAUUACUGAGCGCUAUCAGUUCCAUUGUUUGCCAGGGCUGCUGGGCGAGAUUGCAGAGGUCUACGAAGAACUUUGUGGAUUGGCCUGCAAAUGCGUUGCCGGGAUCUCGGAUGCUGCCGGAGAGCGAUCUGGCGAACAAGCCAAACGUUACCAGAUCGUAGCCAAAGAGGCACAGGCGGUUAUACCGUCGAACGAUUUACAGGCCUUGGCGCGAAACCUGUCAGUGAACGCGACGCCGCGGAAGCCACCGCGACGCCUGUAUGUCGCGCCGGCACCACCCGAGCAGAUACCGAUGGAGAGAAUCAGUCAAAUACCCACGCUCAGGGACGAACUGGUACCAACGGGCACCAGCACGCUUCCGCUCAUGGAGGAUCUUAAACACGAGUACGAUAGCCUCAGCCAGGAAAUAGGUCGUCUGCAAGACGCUCUGGACGCUCUCGUGCGGAUGCAACGAAAGAGUGCCGAGAGUAAUCUUUACACGAAAGUAGCUGAGCUACAAGAAGAUAUUUCUCUGAAGCGUCUCGACCUCGGUGUUGCGCAACUGCGUCUAGCAGCGGUGCAAGCACAGAAGGAACUUUUCGGGGGAGGUGAAGCUGGUCAACCGGAUGGGAUGACCAGUCGGAAGAUGUCAAACGGUUCGACCGGAAGUCCCAAGUUGAAAUGGUUGAAAGCGUUCAAGAGCCUAAAGACUAGUUCGCCCACGACACCACCGCUAUCCGACAAAGGAAAGCAGGCAACCAUGUACCACGCAGUUUCCACCGUCGUCGCCAUGUCCAGGAAGAGCCUCGAGUCCGAGGGUGGGCAUACUUGGCGCGAGUACACGUACCGUAAGAUCACGCCGUGCGACGCGUGUGGCCAGGUGCUGCGUGGCCACAGCCGCCAGGGUGUCCGGUGUCGAGGUUGCAAGGCGAACGUGCACACGGACUGCAUCAACAUGGUGCAACCGGCGUUGUGCCCGAGCUUGGCGCCGAAGAAGGGCGGCGGCAUACCGCUUCUACGGCGGCAAAAGACGCAAGUAGCCACCGACGAGGUGCCAGCAUCAUCCGAGCACAACGUGGACGCCACAUACCAGGUGCUGAAGCAGGCAAGCGAGAUCCGUGGAAACUCGACAAACUCACCACCUACGCCUCCCACAGCAGAACACCCCCCCUCCGGUGCAGCACCUUCGUCAGCGAGGGCCUCCUCCCAUCCCUGUUCCUCGUCCACCUCUGCACCGCAUAGUCCGCAACGUAGACGCGAGAGACUGAAUCUGCGGAUGAAGAGCCUCAGUCUGGAUUCACCGGAAGGCACCGCGCACGUGCGUCGUCCGCGGGAUUAUUAUGCCGCGGGUGCAAGAGAAACCACACCGCCCCGACAUUCUGACAGCGGCAGUAUCAACAGGCUGUCACCCUGCAGUCCGGGUCAGAGUCACGGAAUGCACAAACAUGUGCGAAAUGCUAUUCGAAUGUCUAGUAUGGAGCUGCCGGACGAUAAUGAGAAGUCAUACUCGUCGGCGAGUACGUCGCCAUGCCCAUCGCCGCACACCAACAAUCAGAACCACUUGAAUCCACCCGGCAAGCGUGUUUUACCACCGAACAAUCUCUACGUCGUUCUGUACAACUUCGAGGCACGACAUCCAGACGAGCUGGAUCUUAAGUAA